GGGGCGGGGCGGGGCGACGGGGACUAGACCAGGAAGCGUAGUCGGCGUUUCUGAGGCCAGAUAAGGAAACCUGAGCGACGCCUCACAACCUAGACCAGGAAACGGGGUGGGCCUGGGAGUUCAGGCCCGGAAGCCGAGGCCGGACACUCGAGCCUAGACAAGGAAACGGGGCGAGGUGUCGGAGGUUUGACUAGUGGUUGGGCGGGUUCUCAGAGCCUAGAUGUAGCGCGGGCGGGGCUUCAGGGCUGUGGUCCAGGUUACUGGGAGGCGGAGCCGCUGGGAAAGCUGUAGCCCGGAUGUCCGGGCGAUUCGUUUGGAUUGACUGAUCCCUCGGCUCUCCGGGAAUCCUAACGCGGCCAAUGGGUGUGCCCAAGAGGACAGAGGACGAAUGCUCAGAAAUACUGUCAGCCUUGCACAGAGUCCCCAGAACUUUAUGAUUGGCUCUAUCUUGGAUUUAUGGCUAUGCUUCCUCUCGUUUUACAUUGGUUCUUCAUUGAGUGGUAUUCAGGGAAAAAGAGCUCCAGUGCGCUUUUCCAGCACAUCACCGCAUUGUUCGAAUGCAGCAUGGCAGCCAUCAUCACCUUGCUUGUGAGUGACCCAGUUGGCGUCCUUUAUAUCCGUUCCUGCCGAGUAGUGAUGCUUUCUGAUUGGUACACAAUGCUUUACAACCCAAGUCCAGAUUACGUUACCACGGUGCACUGUACUCAUGAAGCAGUCUACCCGCUGUACACCAUUGUAUUUAUCUAUUAUGCAUUCUGCUUGUUGUUAAUGAUGCUGCUCCGACCUCUUCUGGUGAAGAAGAUUGCAUGUGGACUAGGGAAGUCUGACCGGUUCAAGAGUAUCUAUGCCGCACUUUACUUCUUCCCGAUUCUAACUGUGCUACAGGCAGUUGGUGGGGGUCUCUUGUAUUACGCUUUCCCAUACAUUAUAUUAGUGUUAUCUUUGGUUACUCUGGCUGUGUACAUGUCUGCUUCGGAAAUAGAGAACUGCUAUGAUCUUCUGGUCAGGAAGAAAAGACUUAUUGUUCUCUUCAGCCACUGGCUACUUCAUGCUUAUGGGAUAAUCUCCAUUUCCAGAGUGGACAAACUCGAGCAGGAUCUACCCCUUUUGGCUCUGGUACCUACACCAGCCCUGUUUUACUUAUUCACUGUGAAAUUUACUGAACCAUCCCGGAUACUCUCAGAAGGGGCCAAUGGAAACUGAGUGUAAAAUGCCAAAACCUUAGAAGUAUUAGCAAGAAAAUAAAGAAUUAAAAAAAUGUAUUAAUACCAUUCUGUCACACAUGGGAGCAAGAUGGUCAAUAUAUCUUAACGCUUGUUUGUUUUUUGACUUAACAAACCUCUUGGUUAGAUGUGGAAAAUACAAAAUAUGGUACUGCAUAGAAUGCUAUCUGUAUCAUGAGUUCCAGUUAUCCUUCAGGAACAAUCGUGUAUCUGUGUCUGCUAUGUGUUUGUGGAGAACUUCAACAUCCUUAGCAGUGGCAUAAUUAUUUAUGCCUGUUCUCUUUCAAUUUGUUUUUUAUCCUAUAAAAAACUACAAAGGCAGACAUACUUGUAGAGUAUGAUAGCAAAUAUGGAAAUAAUUUUUUGUUGUUAUCUAUUUAUUUUUACCAAGACAGUAUUUUAAUGAUAGUACAAAAAUAGAGCCUAAUUUAUAAAGCAAGCUUUCUGUUUAUAGACAGUUUGGUUGUUGAAGGUGUGUUCAGAUUAUUGUUUCUGUAAAGAAGAAAAUAAUAAAAAGUUUAAUUACAAAA